UACCUGCUCUGCGCUUCCGGAAGGCUGGCGGCAGCUACCUGUGCUGGGAACCUCGGGCACCUCCCAGGGAGUCUUGGUGCGGAGGCCGGAGGCCCCACCGCCCGUGAGCUGAGAUGCCCAUCCAGCCUCAAAGCAAAGACACAGGAGACAUGGAAGCAGACGGCGAUUCAGCCACAGAAAUGAAUGGGGGGGAGGAGGAGGAGAGUGAAGAAGAACGGAGCGGCAGCCAGACUGAGUCAGAGGAGGAGAGCUCAGAGAUGGACGACGAGGACUAUGAGAGGCGCCGCAGUGAGUGUGUCAGUGAGAUGCAGGAUCUGGAGAAGCAGUUCUCGGAGCUGAAGGAGAAAUUGUUCAGGGAACGACUCAGUCAACUGCGGUUGCGUCUGGAGGAAGUGGGAGCUGAGAGAGCCCCCGAGUACACAGAACCUCUUGGAGGACUGCAGCGGAGCCUCAAGAUUCGCAUUCAGGUGGCAGGGAUCUACAAGGGCUUCUGUCUGGAUGUGAUCAGGAAUAAGUAUGAGUGUGAGCUGCAGGGAGCCCGGCAGCACCUGGAGAGUGAGAAGCUGCUGCUCUAUGACACACUGCAGGGGGAGCUGCAGGAGCGGAUCCAGAGGCUGGAGGAGGACCGCCAGAGCCUGGACCUCAGCUCCGAGUGGUGGGAUGACAAACUACACGCCAGAGGCAGCUCGAAGUCCUGGGACUCUCUGCCACCCAGCAAGAGGAAGAAGGCGCCUCUUGUUUCUGGCCCUUACAUUGUGUACAUGCUGCAGGAGAUCGACAUCCUGGAAGACUGGACAGCUAUCAAAAAGGCUAGGGCAGCUGUGUCCCCUCAGAAGAGAAAAUCAGAUGGACCGUGACCUUCCUGUUUACAGCCAGGAGCUCCCUCGGAGCAACUAGCACCAAACCCAGAUUCACGUUUUCCUGCUGCAGAGAGUCAGGCGGCCAUGUCCGGCUCUGCCCAGCAGGCCCUCCAGCCGUCAGUAGGAUGGAUGUCACUGGGAUGGACAACUCCUCUGUGUUCCUUGCAGGCUGCACAGCUGUAGCCCUGAGCCACCCUGGCCGGGCAAGACUGUUGUCUGUGUCCCUGAGCAGCACCACCCCUCCUGAACAUCAGCAUCCUUAAUGCUCCCUGUGCCAGGCUGCUUACCUGGGCCCUGGCUUCUAGCCACUGGGAUGCAGGCCCCACUGUGUGGGAACUCAGAGCCAGGAGUAGGAGUAUUUGGAGGGGCGGGGGCUGAACACUUGCUGGAGUUGGGGGUGAGAGGCCAGGCUCCCCAGGCUUCCUCAGGGUGGUUCUUGGUACCUCCCUCCCAGACUCUGAGGACUGCAACUAAAACCUUCCCUGGGACUCUGG